GAUAACACGGCAUGAACGCGUUAUAAGAGUUCGCAGCUGGAGAAGCUCCGCCGUCUCCAGUGUCCGGAUCGGUCAUGAUGCAGCGGGCUGCGGUGCUGCUGCUCGGCCUGGUGUUGUCCUGCAGGGCAAACCUCGCGCCACCCACAGUCAACAUCAGCCUGGAUGCACAUCCAGAGGAACGAUGGAUGCCUCUACUCAAAGUCUUUGACAUAGACUUCCUCAAGAAGGCUGCUGCAGAGGUCAUUGACUCCACAAUUCCAAAAUGGGUACAUCAGGCUGUUACACCUAUUGUGGUGUCUUUGGAAAAGUACGUUCCUCAGCCUUACGCAGGGGAGAUUCGUGGCUUGGCCUCACACUUUGGCGGAAGCCUUUCGGAUGUCAUCCUCCUCAACUUUGCCUAUGAAGUAUCUGCAUUUUGCACUAGCAUCGUAGCUCAGGACAAAAAUGGCCAUGUGUACCACGGCAGGAAUCUUGAUUAUCCACAUGAGGUUCUGAGGAAUCUGACUAUCGACAUAAAUUUCCUCAAGAAUGGAGAGGUGGCGUACCGUGGAACUUCUUUUGCUGGCUAUGUUAGUUUGUGGACAGGGCAGAGUCCAAACAAGUUUACUGUCUCUGGCGACCAGCGAGGCAGUGAACACUUGUGGAACUUUUGGAAGAAUUUGGUAUCUGCUUUCCUGUUGCGAAGAUCUCCAGUCAGCUGGCUGGUUAGGGAGACGCUGGAGGUGGCUGAGAACUUUCAGGAUGCAGUGAUGAGUCUUUCCAAAAUCCCGAUCAUCACAGGGGUGUAUUACAUUGUGGGAGGGGUGCGAGCGGGGGAAGGGGCCGUUAUCACCAGAGACCGAGGGGGCCCUGCUGAUAUCUGGCCAUUGGAGCCUCUGAAUGGAGGAUGGUUCAGAGUAGAGACGAACUUUGACCACUGGCUUCCUCCCCCAGCCAGGGACCAUCGGAGAGAGGCAGCAAACAAAGCCUUAAAUGCUACUGGCCAGGAUCAUAUCAACAUGGAUACACUUUUUCAGGUUUUGUCGCUGUUUCCAGUGUGUAAUGGAAUUACGAUUUACACAACAACAAUGAGUGCAGCAGCCCCUGAUAAGUAUAAUACACUUGUCUGGCAACAGGGCUGCCAUGACUGACUGAACUGACAUCAAGCAGAUAGCAGUUUCUUGCUGGACUUCUCAAACAUGGUUAUAUGCUGAUUCGUGAUCAUUUUUGAGAUAGUAUAGUCAAUGAGACUAAAAGGGAAUUAGCCUCAAGUAUUUUACACUGAUAAUGCUUUGCUGCCUCUUAUGAAAAAUAAAUUAGUUUUGAUGAUUUUUUAACUUUAUGUACCUGCAAAUUAUUUUUUCAACUUUAAUAAAAAAUGAAUAAAAACAA